AUGAAAAUUGACGAAAGCGAAAAACUAAUUGAUGUUGAUGCAAGUGAUUGUGGAAGAAGCCUUUUAAUAAAAAGUAGAGAAAUACUUGGAAGGCGAUAUACGGAAAAUCAAAUUUUGGAUGAAAACACAUCUUAUAUCCAGUUUAUGAAUUCAUUCACGGAUGACGAGAUAAGCAUGAGCAGCAUCAUCACUGGAAAUAUGAACCAACAGGAUGAUGUUAAUUUAAUAGAUCUGUGGACGGAAUAUGAUGAAACCGACUUCUCUGCAAGCAGUGGUAAUCCUCCAAAGGACAAGAACAAAUGUUCUCAAGCAAGCGUAUUACUAAUAAUGCAAGAAGAUAUAAGACGUGAAAUUUGCAAUGAAGUGCAGGGUUUUUAUGAAAAUGUGACCAAUGAUGAGGAAAUGGAGAAUAAUUCACGUCAUGGAUCUGGCUAUACUGAAUCUGAAAAAUUCGCUGAAGUACCCAAGAAUCAAUACAUAGAAAAUGAAACCUCCGCUAAGAUCCUAUCUGUUAUCAAAGAUUCUCUGCCUGAAGAGGAACUCUUAUUACGCUGGACAAAAAAAGGAGUCGGCAUCCUGGAAGAUAUGAAGCCCACCCACAAUAAAUUCAAGUUGGUCACUCCAGUUAUUAUUGGACAUAUGAAAUUAAAGUACGAUGGACCAGAUGUCUCCGGCUAUUUCUCUUGCGUAAAUGCCUCAUUUUCUCUCGAAAGACAGAAUGGAUACCAACUAGGCUAUUCUUACACUGUAACUAGCUUCAUUGUCGUGGUAUCUUGGAUUUCCUUCUGGCUACCAGUGACCGCAGUACCAGCACGAGUAACUCUUGGUGUAACUACAUUACUCACCCUCUUGACCACUGCCAAUUUUGUUCGCUCAUCAUUGCCACCUAUUACGUAUGUCACAGCCAUUGAUGUGUGGGUUGGAACUUGCACUGUUUUUGUGUUCGCAGCUCUCUUGUUGUUUCCAAUUUCUCACUAUUUCUCUCAAAAGAACCAAAAGCUUCGUUUGGAGAGAAAUAAAAUAUAUCCUGUCGAUGUGAGAUGCAAAUUUUGCAGCAAUCGUAAAGUGUUCAAUUCUGUUCAAGAAUCCGAGAAGCAAGGUUUCGACAUUGAUGGAUUUUGUAGAAAAUUAUUUCCAUUUUUCUUUAUUAUAUUUAAUAUUAGUUAUUGGUCUUAUUAUGUACCUAAAAGUAAUGAAUUGUGAAUUUAUACAUCUGAUGCAAAAGAUCUCAACAAACGCUUUGGAUAAACUGUGAGAACAUACAUAAAAUUCAUAGAAAAUUGAAUGUUAAAUUGUGCAUUUAUCUGCUAAGAAUUAUGUCCUAUUUAUUAAAAUAACUAAUAAAUGAUAGAUAGGUAUAUUAAUAUAAACCUAUUGAUACCAUGAUUUAAAUAUUUGUAUAUAAACACACAUAUUGAUAAAAAAAAUUAAACAAAGGCAUUUAAGAUAUUUUCUGUCAUCGGUAAAAGUAUGUAACUAAUGAUUCGGGCUAUGAAUGCAUAAUUUUUUAUUUAAUUUUUUCUUUAUAUAUUAUUAAACGCAAAUUUAACCAUCGAUAUAAACGUACUACUUAUCUUUAGCCAUCAACAAAUCAUAGAUCUGCUAUUGUCAUCUAUGAAACAAAUAGCAUUUAUUAACUGAUAGUUUCACAAGAUGGUCAAUGAAAAUACAGAUCCAAUGCACAAAUUCUUAAUGUAGAUAUUGAAGUAAAAUAGAAUUGGCUAUCUGAGAUUGAAAUUUGCUCAUUUGAUCUUCUGAGGUUAAAUGAAAAUGAAGCUUUUAAGAGGAUUUCUUACUUAGCAAUAUAUUAUUUAUGUUAGAAUCAUUUUUGACACUAAGAUGUCGAAAUUCUUGAUUAUAAAGAUCGCUGCAUAACGGCAGGGGGCGGUACGUUCACCCUGGGAUACCGCCAAACAAGAAUGAUUUCCUUUCGCUGUGUUAAUUACGAUAGCAACCCAAAACCCUUUCUGCAUAGCCGCGGUGCCCCAAUAAGACACUUUCAUAAGAGUUGCUUUUUCAAGUUAAAAAUUGUCCUUCAUAAGGGUGCUGCACCUUUUCUACCAUAUGAAGAGAUCCGAAUCUUCACGUUCUAAAUGUAGUGUACUUAAGACUUCUGCAAUAGGCGGCAUAGCAAAAAUGCCAUAAUUAAGCAUAUGCAAGUAAUUAUCCAAAAGCAUUUUACAGAAAAGUGAUUAUUUCUGAAAUAGGAGGGGAUUCUAACCUAGAAAUGGUUUGAAGAAUUUUAAAGUACAAAUUACAAUUCCUGAUUUAAAACAAUUAUUUAAAAUUUGAUUACAAAAUUUUGCUUUGCUUCGUUAAUUGUGUUUUACUUUUUUGGUACCUGUAAUGUCAUAAUUUUUAAACAGAAGCGCAAUUUCCCCCUUUUAAUAUUCUGGCAAUGCAAAAUAUAUACUACUUGUAGUAGUUCUUGAUGAUAUCAUUAGAAAUGCCCAAUUAUUUUUGUUUUAACACAUAUUUUGAAGACUUUUUUUAUUUAAUCUCGCAUAAUAAUUACAUUUUAGACAGCUACAAGUAUUUAAGGUAACAAUAGCAUGCUGUAGGGAAAAUAUAUUAGAACUACGCCAUAAUAAACAGAGAUAUCAAACCGCAACCAUUCCCCUUUUUUUUAUCGUAUUCUGAAAUAUAAAAUUGUAAAAUUUUACAUUUUUUUAUUAUUAUUUUUAUGAACUGCUAAGCAAUUGAAAGAAUCCAUUUACUUAUUUUUGUACACAUUUACGGAUUG